UGAAGACCCUGACACUUUGUUUCGGUCGCUUAGCGUGCAGGUAGUCGAUGCCUGUGUGGCGGUGUACUAAAUUGUAGAAAUCGCGGUAUCCCAUGCUAGUACAUGGUUAGUGAAGCUGUUCGAUUUAUUAUUUCACUAGUAAAGCAGUCCUGUGCAGUCAAAUACGGCAUAUUACUGCCCUCGUGUCGAAGGUGCGCCGACGUUUUAUCCGUCCAUUGCUGAUCUAGCCAAAAGUAAUUGCACAUAAAAAUCGACGAAAAUGACCCUUCAGACCAAAAUGAUGCUCGGCAAAGUGAUCGCCGCAACGACCAAAAAAGUGUGCACGGUUAAUGUGCCGUAUUUUUUUUUCGACACAUAUGUUAAGGCGCAUUAUAAGCACCGUGCGGAGUUCGAAACGUUCGAUGAGAACGAGAAGUGUCAGCCCGGUGACUGGGUCAUUAUUGAAGAAUUACCGGAACGAAUGAGCCUGAAAGUCAAUCAUCGAAUAAAAAAAACAGUCUUCACCAAUGGCAAUAUAAUUGAUCCACUCACCGGAAAGAAGUGCGUGUUUACUGAUUUUGCCGAAGAUCUUGACGAAGAAGCAAAGCUGUUUGGCGGGUUGGGAUUUACUGAGUUGAGACGAAUUGGUCUUGAACAGUUGAAAAGCAAAAAGCUGGCUGCAGAAGCUCAAUAAACUGAGCCUAAAUUUGUAAACUUUAUUGUAAAGCAGAAUGUAACAUCACUGACAGUUAAUUGUUUUUAUGCGCAGUCGCAGUAACCAAAAUGUUGAAACCUGCGUAAGAAAUAUACACCUGAAAGGUGCUAAUGUAGUAAUAUCUGCUAUGCAUGUGCAAUAAAUCAUAAUAAUAGUUUUACUAA